CAUCAUUAUCAUUUCAAUUUGUAUUCGAACGCGGACGGUGACGUUUGCUAUUGACGGAGAACGAACGAACGUACAACAGAGAAACACAAUGCAAAUAAAGAGUCCAUAAUUUCAAUUAAAUAUAAUCAAGCAAAGUAAAGAAAAAAAUAAUAAUAAGUGCAAAUCAACUUGUGAAGCAACGAACGUUUUGCUACUUUUCGUUAUGAAAAGGAAUAUCUUGGAAACAAGUUGUGAAGUGGCCGAAUAAUUUCAGUUCAGUUUUUGUGUGUGCGUAUGUCUACUGUGUGAAGUGAAAAGUGUCCUAUGUAGCAGCCAAAAAUUGAUAGAAGAAGAAGAAGAAAAAAGGCGCAGUCAGUCAGCCAGUCUUUGUCGUUGACUGAGCUCAAGAAUUUGCCAAGUUAAGAAAAAGCAAUAACAACAACUCUAAACUUUACCAGACCAUCGCCAGCGAGCAAACAAGUAAAUUUUAUAUUGUCUCACAACACAUCCUGUUUAAUCAAGUAAAGUGUUUGUUGUCGUUUCUCGUUUUUGAAUUCUGAUUUCGUGUUGGCAAAAUCGAUUUAAAGAUGGAAUUUUAUACUUUUCUUCCAAAAUAAAAGCAGAGCAAAGCAGAAAAGCAAGCGAGUUGUGUUAAUGUGUUCGUCGUUAGUCGGUGUAUGUGACUUGUGCAUGUGUAACUACUACAUAAUAGAAUAAUAAAAGCAGCAGUACCCCAACAACAACAGCAACAACAAAAAUACUACUGUGUCGACAAACAACAACAACAAGAAAAUCAUAACGACAAAAUAAAUCACUGUACUGUUGUGAGCGAGUGCGAGUGUUUGAAUGUGAAUUCUUGUUUUUUUUCUCUGACGAUGAUGAAGAUAAUAAUAACGUCGAUGAUGUUUGUGGUGGGCAAUGUGUGUUAGUUAGUGAGGAAACCAUACAAAAUUCACAAAUGCCACAAUAACAAUAAAAAAACAAAUAAUCAGCCGCAAUAGAGGAGAAAAGCUAAACAGCCUUACUUACGCCAGCUUCUCCUUGCCCCGCUAUCUCGUCAAUGGAAUAGGAAAAAGAAACAACAACAACAAUUUGUGUAACUGCGUGAAAAUAAAUAAUAAUACCAACUAAAAAUUACAACAAUAAUAAAAAGUGUUUAAUAACCAGGCAAACAACGAAAACCCCCACACAUUUACGGAAAAGCCGAGUGAGAGAGCGAUAGAGGAGAAAAUAAAUAAAACAAAUAAUACUACAAAACAAAAAUAAAAACAAAGCAAGUGAAAGUUUCGUCGCCCAUAAAAAUAUAAAUAUUUUUCGUCAAAUUUUAUUGGAAAAUACCAAUUGCUGUAAAAAUUAUCAAAUCUCAACAUCGUUUCUAUGUGCCAAAAAGGAUAAGGAAUUCCCACGCAAAUUUGAAUAAAAAAGAGAGUUACUGCAAACGCUAAUCAGUGGAAAUGGAUUAUUCAAUGCUUUGCAGAGUGCAAACGAAAUCGCAAUUCUAACCAAACGCAGCAAUGGCUUCACGAGAGUUUCUCAGCAAAAUAUCUUGAUUUUGGAGUGAAAACUGAAAAGAGAAAACAAAACGGAACGAAACGGAAAACCUCCUGUAUACGGGCCUUCAAAAGUAGUUUGUAAAAAUGUUGAACUCAUUGAGAAUUAGUUUAGAACAUAAGGUUGUGAUUACCGCCACUACUGACAUAAGCCGCCGACUGUACUCAGCAUAAAUUUUCCAAGACUACAGCAUUUGUCUAUCACAUCCUGCAAUCAUCAACAUCAAUCAGAAACACACAAGGCAUUGUUAGAAGGAACUUUCCAAGGAAAUCAAAACAUUUACUAAAAAAACAAGAGAACUAUCUCUCUCCCUCUCUUUGAACUCACUAUAUCUAAACAAAUACUCUCUCUCUCUACGUCAACAAUGAAUUCCGUUAUAUCUGCAUUUAAACCAAAAAAGAACACCAACCAAAAUGCAUUGGCCUCCCAGAACGGUGUGAGCGGCGGAGCCAAUGACAGCAACAAACACAACAACCUGAGCAUGAUCACCAGCACAUUGAGUACCUCGUCGUCGAAGAAGAAGGCCGCCAUCAGUGCCCAGGACAACAGCUAUCAGUAUCUGAGGCACAUCCGGGAAAUCGACACGGCCACGAAGCUGCUGUCGCCGGUGGUGAUGCCGGACGAUUUGCUGGAGACAGAUAUGCUGAACUUUCGCCCGGCCUCCGUUACACCCAUUCCAAUGACACCGACAGUUAGUGUGGACGUGGUGGAUCAUGUUCCCAUGCAGUCGGUGCGUUUGACUCCACCCCUGGAGACGGGCAACAGCACCGCGGACUGUAAUAUGAAUAACGGCAAAGUGUUACCUUCCAACAUUUCCCCCGUUUCCUUGGAGAAUGGCAACGAAUCCUUGGAAGACCACUGUGCCGGCCUUAGCAAUGGCCAGCACAGUACGGCCAACAGUCCAACACAGCAUUUGAUGGAUGGCGAAGAUGACGAAUCUUCGGAGCAUUCAACAGCCAAUUGUACAAGCACAACUAGCAGCAGUAGUUCCAGUGAUCAGAGCAACAGCACUGUGGUCCACAGUCCCAUAGCUCCCACGGCAGCGGCAGCUGCUGCAGCCGCCGUCGCCGCGACGGCAACAAACGCUUCGUCAACUUCCACACAGCAGCAUGUGAUGUCAUCGGCACAUCCCAGCCCCGCCAAAAGUCUGAACUUGAGUCUGAGUAGUAGUACAUCGCCAUCGCUAUCACUGUCAUCGUCCAUUUCGGUAUCUUCCAAUUCCACCAACUCAUUGGCACUUCUCAAUUCCGGUCCAAGUUCGUGUUCAUCAUCUGCCACCGGCUGCGACAUUUCUUCCAGCAACGACUACUCGCAGCCGCCAUCACCAACCAUGGUUACGAGGAAUUCGUCGGCGAAUUCCGAAUAUGUGCCCGCAUUUCUCAAGUCCAGCAACGUUACAUUGCCCAUCAUAAUGCCGAACAGCAGCAGCAGUCUGGCCUCCUUGCCUCCGAAUCAGCUGACGCCGGCCAAUUCGGCCACCACAACGCCGAAGCACAGCCGGUACUCGAAGCCCCGCCUAAGUUUGAGUCGUUUCAUAAAUCAUUCGAUGCCAUCGGUACAUGGGCGGCCGAAUUUAAGUAUACCGGGCAGUGCGACGGGUGGUCCGAAUGGUGCGGCCGGAGCAAAUGGUACAAAUCCACCCAAAAGGGCAUCGACGCAUCAAAGGAAUUUAAGUUUGGAUUUUAGAUCUAUGGGAAUAUUAUUGCCACCAGUUUCUCAAGUAACAAACACCCGCAUAAAUCUGACACAGCAUCAUCGUAAUCGCAGCUUGGACAGUGCUUUACAAAGGAUACCCGAGGUUGAAGUCUCAUCGCCCAAUGCUGAAAGUGAGAACACAUUUUGCACACCAUCCAUACUCGGGUCAACAAUGUGCUCGAAAAUUGUAACGACAGCAGCAAACGUAACGGCGGCGCUGACAACAACUCAAACACCCGCACUGACGUCAUCGACAACAAAUGCCUUGACAGGACCAAACACAGCGCUAGCGUCACACGCUGCUGCGUGCGCGGCGGGUGUCGACAAUGCCACGGAGAUUGUAUCCACAACAGAGCCCACAAGUACAAUGGUGGCCACACAGGCAUCAUUGGCAGCUGCGGCAAACGGAGGAGCAGUAGCUUCACAACAGAACAAUGUCAUAGUGGAACCACAUUGUCUCGGUGCCCGACUGCGACCUAAAUCCUCAGAUUCAGCAACUUCGUCGUCAUCAUCAACCGUACAGAGGGCUGCCUCAUCGGCUUCCACAGCUUCCUCAACUGCUUCGACCACCUCCUCCUUUGCAAGUAGCUCUAACAAUGUGUUGGCUGUUCAUAAUGGACCGGGAGGUAUAAAUGCAAACGGCGGAAAAAAACGUGAAGACCUCACAAGUCUCGGUUCCGAUGAUUCAGGAAUCAUAUGUGGCUCGGAUUCCGAUCAAAUCUCAUUAAAUCGCAUUCGACAUUCACACGAGUCAUUGGAUUCGGGUGAAAUGGACAAUGAAGAGGAAUGUAUCGAUAUGCUGGAAACAAAUUCCAUGGACGAGGAAUACAAUAUGCUGCAAUCGGAUUUGUGUUUCUACCAGACGCUAGAUACAGAUUGUCGCACAUUACGGCCAUCCAAGAAAAACAAGGCCAACAGGCAGCAUGAAAACAGCAACGAAAAAUCCAAUACAGACAUCAUGCCAGCGGAUAUUAAAGCAGACGCAGAUGCUCUAAGUGAACGUCAACGUUACCGAGAUAUGAAUAUGUCUCAAGCGGCCAUGUCCUUGGAAAAGUGCAAAAUAUCCUCCGAAACGACAACUGAAACUGCCGGCAGCGAUACUGUCGAUUGUCCAACACCUACCCAAAAUUCUCAGAAUUCCUUGGUGACUUCUUCGAAGACACCAUCAACCCCCGUAGAGUCAUCCAAGAAUGAUAUUCUGUUUAAAAAUUUCUUUGGCGCAACUAAAAACGCCAUUUUUCGCACGGCCCAGAGUAUUAUUGAAAAUCAUGAAAAGAAGAAUGCCUCGAAACAGACUCAAAAGUCUGUAGAUGACUCGGGAAGUGUGGGUGCAUCCACACCCACAGAUCAGAUCAAGUCGCCAACGGAUAUUUCGAAGAAGAAAGAGUUUUUUGGCUUGCUUUCAACGAACGCGAGCAAAAAGGCAGCUAUGGCUGCAGCUGCAGCGGCAGCCAGUAGUUCUUCCACCAAUUCUCCGGCAACCACGCCUCUGGCACAAACUUCAUCUUGUUCUGCUGACCAGGUGACGUCUCCGUGUAGCAAUACUGAUAAAGCAUCGAAUGAUAAGGAUUCCGCCGAAUGCAUUGAGAAGACGUUGAGUUUACAAGUACCUAAUGCCGCAACCGCCUUGUCCACCAUCGCCUCCUUCUCCACUUCCAACUCGUCAAUAUCAAAAUCUUCUUCCAUAUCAUCAUUGAACAAGCUCAAAGUACCAGGUGUAGUGAAAUGCUUUAUCAAAGAGCGUCCUAAUAAUUUGCAAGAUUCGGCAAAUCAACAAAAGACUGAAAAAGGUCCCAGUGGACUAUUGAGAUUUUUUGAAUCACCAGUUUUCAACAUUCACUUUGCCAUUCAUUAUCUCUUCUACUCUAAGGAACCCGGAGUGCUUAGUUUCAUUGGCAACAAAAUAUUCAGCUUCCCCGAUCAGGAAGUGGAUCUUUACAUACCCCAGCUGAUUGUCAUGUACAUACAGAUGGACGAGCUGGCUGAAGUGCUGGACCCCUAUUUAACAAUCAGGUGUCGGAAAUCCGUGGACUUCUCUCUAAAGUGCCUAUGGCUAUUAGAGGCCUACAAUUAUCAACAUAACGAUUCCAUGGGUUCUCGAAAAUCGCAAUUGGCUUUAAUGAAGGAGAUCUAUUCGAAAAAGGAGCGAAAGCAACUUACAAAAGCCGAUGCCAGGGAACAAGGUAGCUCCUCUACCCACACCAGCGCCGUUUCUCCACUUACAAAGAAAACGCAUCACAGGUCUCAAUCAGAUGCUACAGUUCUACUCGCAGAUUCGCGUCGCAACGCUUCGAGUCUUAGUAUAGCUAACCGCUUGUAUCAGCAACCACCUUACACUACACAAACCUUGCCAGCUACCCCCGCCAAAUUAUGCCUGGGAGAUCUGACAUCCGGCAGGGCCUUCGACAAUGGCUGUACCUGCUUUGAAACGGUCAGAGGACAAGUAAACGAUCUCUUGGGUCACAAAACAGUGUGUUCUUGCAACGCACCAAAAACGGCGCCACAGAAAGAAUUCAUGAAGGCUCUCAUGAAUGUGGGUAAAAAUCUAACCAAUUUGCCUUCAAAGGCCGAGAAGACAUCUGCCCUUCGAAUGUUUCUGAAUUUGAUAAACAAGAAUUUACCCGCUCGUGUUUGGUUACCUUUGUAUUCCGACAUUCCACAUCAUGUAGUUCGUAUUACCGAGGAAAAGACUGCUGUUCUAAACUCUAAAGAUAAGACGCCCUACAUCAUCUAUGUGGAGGUGGUGGAAGUGCCUGAUAUCUACUCCUCUUCCCUUAUACCCAAAAUGAUGCCCUCGCUGAGGCAUACAAAAUCAGAAGAACACCUUGAAGUGGGGGGAAGUGGAUCGUGUCAACAUCACCACAACCAACAACUCCAACAUGCUACCUGUAGUCGGACAUCAAGUUGUAGUAGCCACAACAGUUGUCGCCGUAAGAAGGAGAAACUCUUGUCCGAAUCAUCCACGACCGAUAACAAUGCGUCACAGGACCAGCACCAGACCGGAGGAAAUAAUUUACUAUUGUCCCCACCUCAACUCAACGAGGACGACGUGUGGUCGCAGGAGGACGAUGAGAUAACAGCACAAUAUUUGCAUAUGCGGAAAAUGCGUGCAAAUUCCGAAAGAGAUGCCAUAUCGCAAAUGUCAUUGGAUUCCUGCGAUUCAAGAGACCAAGGUAUGCCCGUUCUAUUCAAUAUUGGAGAUGUCCGAACCCGCCAUUGUAAUAAUCUGAACUGUGAAAACACAAAGUCCUUUAGCAAUGACCCUGAAGAUCCAUCUGCAGCAGCACUUAAGGAACCAUGGGAUGAAAAGGUCAAACAAAUACGCGAAUCAUCGCCCUAUGGCCAUUUAUCAAAUUGGCGUCUUCUUUCUGCCAUUGUGAAAUGUGGUGAUGACCUUAGGCAAGAGUUGAUGGCAACUCAACUUCUGCAGAUGUUCAAAAUAAUCUGGCAGGAGGAACAUGUGGACCUGUGGGUACGUCCGUACAAAAUUGUUUGUCUCUCUAACGACAGCGGUCUCAUAGAGCCAAUCCUGAAUACAGUAUCGUUGCAUCAAAUAAAGAAGAAUUCCAACAAGUCGUUGAGGGAUUAUUUCAUCGAUGAAUACGGUCCUGCCGAUAGUGAUGCUUUCCGAAUUGCCCAAAAGAAUUUUGUUCAAAGCUGUGCAGCAUAUUGCUUGAUUUCGUAUUUGUUGCAAGUUAAAGAUAGACAUAAUGGCAAUAUUCUGCUACACUCUGACGGCCACAUUAUUCACAUCGACUUUGGUUUUAUUCUAAGCAUAUCGCCCAAAAACUUAGGUUUCGAACAAUCCCCAUUCAAGUUGACUCCCGAGUUUGUUGAAGUUAUGGGCGGUACAAAUACCGAACAUUGGCGUGAAUUUAACCGUCUGUUGUUAGUGGGCAUGAUGACAGCUCGUAAACAUAUGGAUCGUAUUAUAAACUUUGUUGAAAUAAUGAGAAGCAAUGCCCAACUGCCUUGCUUCAAAAAUGGUUGUUCCGGUACCGUGCAGAAUCUCCGCAAACGCUUCCAUAUGAAUUUAACGGAACAAGAAAUGGAACGUAAAGUAGAACAAUUGGUGCAAGAUUCGCUCAAGAGUCUUUCGACAAAGUUAUACGAUGGCUACCAAUACUACACGAAUGGCAUAUUGUGAGAAAGGUUUUUCAUGAAAAUCUAAAUGUCCAAUACUUGUGAGCGCUAAGUAGCUGCUGAACCCAAGCAGUUUUGCGAACAUAAUUUUUGAAUUUUUCAAAAAAAAAAAAAAAGAAAACAAAAAACGAGUUUGAGUGUGUAAAUAUAUUUUAGCUAUACUCUUAAUAAAAACCAUAUUUUAAAAUAAAUUAUAUAAAUUUAGAAAUAAUUAAUUAAAUAAUAAGAAAAAAUGUAUGUUUUUUUUUUCUUUACAAUUUGUAUCAUAUAGGUUUUUUAUUAUUAGGGCAAAAACUAAGAAUAUUACUGAUUUAAAGUUUUUUUUUACUUUAAAGCUGUAACACACAGGAAAACAUUGAUUUUGUAAAAAUGAUAACUGAUAUACUACAAAAAAAGGUAUUUUUUAAAAACAAAAAUAUUUACGAUUAUUUGUAAUAUUGUUCUUUUAUUACAUAAACAGUUUAAUUUUUUGUUUUUGUAAUAUAUAAAAUAUAAUCCUGAUUCCAACUAAGAAGUUUCCAAAAAAUAAAUCAAAAUAUAUCGUAAAACCUACCAGAGCAAGAAAACAUUUAUAUUAAUAUUAUAUGCUGCGAUCGAAGUUAAAUUAACAAUUCAAACUGAAAUAAUAGGAAAUAAAGAUAUGACCGAGAGUAUAUAUGAUUAUAGUACCAUAAAUAAUGAUAUUUUGAAUGCCUUUAAUAUGUACGUGUCCGUUUUUGAAUGUGUAUACAUGUGUGUGUUCUUUUGUUAACAUUUAAAAUGUAUGUAACUUAAAUAUACAAAAAAGGAAAAAAUGAAACCAAUUUUUUAUUACUUUCCUCCACACAACUGAUAAUUGUUAUUAAAAUUACCCAUUUAUCGCACUGGCCCCAUUAUUCCUAUCUCGAAAAACUCUUAAAAAUUGCACCUCUUCAUUAUUGCGAAGAUCCAAUUAGCUAAAACAAUAAAACAAAUAAAGCAAGAAACAUAUAAAUCAAUAUUUAUAAAAAUUAUAAUAA